AUGGGGCAUGGCGAUUUGGCCGUGUCUGCGUCAUGUGAGUUGACGUUUUGGGCCAGCCUCACACCAACGGCGCAUGCCAACUUCGCCUGUCCGUGCGACCAUUGCCUUGGCCUCAUGCGUCCACGUCAUCCCCCCGGAGCCCCCUGGCAAGAGUCAAGCGACCCCCCCGUGAUGACACUCCUUCGUCACUCGUGGGAUUCCUCGUCGUGUGCGCUAUGGCACAGUUGCUACCCCCCAAAGAAAGCGGGCGUGGUCGUGAUGUACCCACCCCUCGAUAUGCCACGGGCACCACCGUCCAGAUUGGUUGAGUAUUCUUCUCCCUGCGGUCAUUUGGAGGUCACGUCCGUGUCGCCAUCCAAGUAG